AAAGACUAGAAGGGAAAAGUUUCUGACUCUGCACUAUCCUAUACGCGUUGAAGAAGGAUGUCGAUCGUCAAUAUUUUAAGCGUGAAUGUUUUGAAUAAUCCUGCAAAGUUUUCAGACUCAUACAAAUUCGAGAUUACAUUUGAGUGCCUAGAACCGUUGAAAAGCGACCUGGAAUGGAAAUUAACGUAUGUGGGUAGUGCUACUUCUCAAAGCUAUGAUCAAAUUUUGGACACUCUUUUAGUAGGACCUAUUCCUAUUGGAAUUAAUAAGUUUGUCUUUGAAGCAGAUCCACCCAACAUCGACUUGCUUCCUGAACUCAGCGAUGUGUUAGGAGUCACUGUGAUUUUGCUUUCUUGUGCAUAUGAGGAAAACGAGUUCGUCCGCGUUGGUUAUUAUGUAAACAACGAAAUGGAGGGAAUCAACUUGCAGGAAAUGGAAGAUACUGAAAUCAAGAAGGUCAAGGUUGAUAUUUCAAAAGUAUGGAGAAACAUCCUGGCCGAAAAACCAAGGGUUACACGAUUUAACAUUCAGUGGGAUAACCCUGACUUUGAUGAUGCACCGCCUGUUCAGCCAGACGCCGAGGAGGAGGAAGAAGAAGAAGAGCCAGAAGAAGUCGACGAAGAACUCGAUGAGGAAGGAGAACCCGAAGAAGAAGAAGAGGAGGAGGAAGAAGAAGGCGGUGAUGACGAAGAGGAAGAAGACAUCGAUAUUGAAGAAGAAGAAGAACCUUCCACCUCCCAACCUCAAAAUCCUAAAGAAGAACCCCAAGCACAUGAUACCAUUAAGAAACAGUAAACUAGUUUUUCUUUCGUUCUGAAUGAAGAUCCAUUCCCAUUCCUUCGUUAUCCUUUUCAAUAAUCCUUGAUGUUGGUUCACAAUGAUUCCUUCAUUAUGGAACCCUUUAAGCCCUUGCGCUACGUCCUCCUUCUUUGUCUUUUAUUUUAGGUUUCUUACGACGACCACUGCAUUGGUUCUUUCUUCCGAAAUAAAGCGUUAUAAUAUUACCAGAUAGGGUCGUGGAGAUUGGCUUUCUUGGUAGAUUUGUUUAUUUAUGUUUUUAUUGUUUUUUGUUUACGGGGUUCAAUCUAUCCGUGAAGAACGAAUCGUCCUUUGCUCUUCAAUUAUUUUGUUUUUCUUUUAUUAUGGGAUAGUGCGCUGCUUAAAAUUUCGUAAUCCCGGGUCACAAAUAUUGAGUAACACUACGUAAGAAGAAUACGAGCA